CUGGUACUGUGCGAUAGGGUCCACAGUUCGGGGAAGACAGCCACUGCCAAAGGGCUGCUUGUUUUUUCAAGGCACAAGCUGCGAAACAUUUUUUUUUACUAGUGUUAGGAUCUAAAGCGUCAUGUUAGUUCACAAGGUGGUUGUUUCACCACAGUGAUUUCUUGCUACUGCCAUGGUAUGUACGUUUAGUUCCGUAUACGAACGUACUAGACGACCGUCAGUAACGCUGAAUUUGCUACUAGUACCCGGCGGUACCAGUACCUGGUACCUCGGCGGAGUUGGACCAUACUUUGCCACGUAGACUGCCAGAAACCCGACUACUUUACGAGAAAUAGGACCAACAGUCUUGUGAAACAAGGGUGAAGAAACAACAAUGCAGUGGCUUCGUAGUUUCGAGUUCUUUUGUUCCACAUUCUUUCUCCACGUCUGUCUUCUCGGAUUGGAAAACUACGCAAAUGCAGAGUCGCACAUACACAUACAUCAUGAAAACGACUCCCUCAUAGCCGAGCAUGUAUUUGAAACACUGGAGAAUUAUGACGGGCGAGUGCGGCCUGAUUUUGGAGUGAAACCGACAGAGGUGCAAGUGCAACUCUACAUAGCAAGUUUAGGGUCCAUUUCGGAGAUUAAAAUGGACUACACGAUGACAUUUUACCUCCGUCAGUGGUGGAACGACCCGCGGUUUGAGUUCCCGGACCUGAACCAGAACAUCGAGCUGCACAACGUCGACUCUCGCGAUAUCUGGACGCCGAGUAUCUACUUCGUGAACGAGAAGGACGCCGGGUUCAGACCGUCUACUGACCACGCCAAGGCGCUGUGGAUCUGGCCGUCUGGUGACAUCUUCUACGGAGAAAAGAAGACAGUGAUAGGUUCCUGUCCGAUGCAGUUCCACAUGUACCCGUUCGACAGCCAGACGUGUACGUUCCAGAUAGCCAGCUAUGGCUACACGACCAAGGAUUUGAUAAUAGAGUGGGUCGAGCCGGCUGUGGAGUUCAACCCUGUCAUAGAACUGCCGGAGUAUGUCAUUUCAGGAUGGACCUCUCGCGACUGUACGGGGAACUACACAAUAGGAUCGUUCAGUUGCAUCGAGGUCAAGUUUACACUGGUUCGGCAGCUCGGAUUCUACCUGAUACAAACCUAUGUUCCAAGUAUUUUGAUCGUGUGCCUGUCCUGGUUGACGUUCUGGAUCAGUCCGAAUCAGGCACCUGCGCGGGUUGCGCUGGGCAUCACCACAGUUCUCACCGCUACAACUCUGACAACUGUGUCCAGGAGCUCUCUGCCCAAGUUCUCCUAUAUCCGGUCCAUUGACAUCUGGAUGCUGGUGUGCACCAUCUACGUGUUCGCUGCGCUGGUGGAGUUCUCCCUGGCCUACCACUUCUCUCUCAGGAAGGACCGGGUGCGCCCCCUGGCGGACUGUCUGCGAAUUCCACGCAGUUUCUCCAAGAGGAAGUCAACCUACGAACUCAGCUCUGUGACAGUACAGACCAUGAAGGUAGCGAUGCUUCUGACAAUUGCGUUCUCCUAUAUCCGGUCCAUUGACAUCUGGAUGCUGGUGUGCACCAUCUACGUGUUCGCUGCGCUGGUGGAGUUCUCCCUGGCCUACCACUUCUCUCUCAGGAAGGACCGGGUGCGCCCCCUGGCGGACUGUCUGCGAAUUCCACGCAGUUUCUCCAAGAGGAAGUCAACCUACGAACUCAGCUCUGUGACAGUACAGACCAUGAAGGCAAAUGGACGGUGUUCCCGAGUUGACGGCGGGCCGACAGAGUUCCAGACGGUACCGGGAGAGACACCAGCCGUACCCGGGAUGGACGGCAUGACGGCAGCCGUCAAACUAGACUUAUUCUCCAAGAUCGGCUUUCCUCUGACUUUCAUCAUCUUCAAUGGUUUCUACUGGGGAGUCUACCUCAGCCAAUACUCCACCGCAUAGGAAUGUAGUCUUCAGUGUACUACCAAUUGAAAGUAUAUUCGAAUGAAAGCUCAUCUGUAUUGGUAGUCUAGAAUCCAUAGUUGUAAAGUUUAAGCUUUGU